CAUGAGGUCCAGUCUUACAUGGGGCGCCUGGAAACUUCAGACAAAGAGUCAGUACACUUAGUAGAAAAUGAGAUUCAGGCAAGAAUAGACAAUAUAUUCAGCAACUUGGAGCGUCUGGAAAUCCUGUCCAGCAAAGAACCUCCCAAUAAGCGACAGAACGCUAAACUCCGAGUUGACCAGCUGAAGUACGAUGUUCAGCAUCUGCAGACAGCUCUGAGGAACUUUCAACAUCGCCGUUACAUCCGGGAGCAGCAGGAACGACAGCGAGAAGAGUUGCUUGCACGUACAUUCACCACUAAUGUAAAUAUUCUUUAUUUUACAUCUCUGCGUUCUAGAAGCUGUAGUCUUUCAGAGAAGUUCCAGGCAAGGUGUAGGCUUGACUAUUAGAUUGCUGCUGUGAGAUGUAAACGGAAUAAAGAUAGAAAAGAAUAACAAUAGGUGUUGAAAAAGUGCAACUGUCUCAUGAGGAAAAGUUGGUUUAUUAAGAGGCCGUCGUAAGAGACUCCAGAUACUCUUAUUUUAUCCAGUGCUCUACC